GGAUGGGCAGGAGAGGUGUGCCAUCUGCUUUGGCCUAGCGACAUGGGAUCUCUGAGCAGCAAAGGGGAGAACCAGCCAGAAGAUCCACGAAAGGUUCCUGUGCUGGACUCCUAGUGUGCCAGCCCCUGAGGUCAUCACCCUGAGGCUCUGGACCUCCAACCAAAUGGGCACUAACAGACCCCUGUCUCUGAAGGUGAGAGCUGGGAUGGGCUUCAGAGCUAGGUCCUCCUGAUGCUAGGUCCUCCUGAUGCUAGGUUCUCCUGAUGCUGGGUCCUUCAGAUGGACUGAGGAACUUAUUUGAGCCCCAGGGGGGUGGGAAAUGUCAGGGAGCUGAAUGGUGAGAUGAAGCCUGGCCACCCCUUGCAGACAGGGCUGCCAAUUGUCAAAGACCGCAGAGACUCCAGCUCCUACAAGGUCAAAACCUCAGAGCAGUCCACUGAGGAGCUGUGAAGACUCCAAGAUCCAGAAGAUAGGGACAGGAAACCGUGGCAGAGCAUGCUCAGGGACUGAGCAGGAGCUUGGAGCACACAGAGUGGGGUUGGGUCUCUCACCAGGCUGGCCUCGAACUCAGAAAUCUGCCUGCCUCUGCCUCCCAGGUGCUGGGAUUAAAGGCGUGCACCGCCACUGUCCCGGCAUGUCUCUCACUCUCAGCAAUAAAGAGGAGUUUGGGGAACUGAAACUCUCUUUGGUGGGUCUUCAUUUCCCUUGCAAACUUCAUUCAAAAGCCACAGAGCCCAUGUUGCUCUCCACUCCCAACCCAGAGCAGGCCCGCAUUCUUUUUCAAUGACUUGUAGUAGGGAGGGAGGGAGGGAGGGAGGAAAGGAGGGACUUUGCAACUCAACAGCCUCUCCCAGCUUGAGUUGCUCAGAGGUAGCCCUGCCCCAUGCUUUAGUUUGUGUUCACCUGCCCACUCCACCUGUCCUGUGGGGUGCCCAACCUGGCUUUCAGCCCCGCCUACCGCCCUCAAUGGGGAAGGGACUUGGGUCAACAUAGGGAGGGGCCAUGCCGAUUUAAAUGCUUGUGGCGCGGGGCUCCCGGCGUGGAGGGAGCGGAGAGACAGAGGACCGCGCCAGCCUUGUCACGACAGGACACAAGCAGACCUUAAGCAAGUUCUGUGCCACCAGCUGUCCACGAUGAACGGCCAGGCCCCUCCUCAUGAUGUCGUAGUUGCCAAUGGAACUGAGAAGUUCAUUGUCCCUAAAAUCAAGAAGAACCAAUUGGGAGCCAGCACUCCUUCAAGGCCCCAAGCAGAAGCUGCCCUACCUACCACAGCCAGAAGUAUUGCUGGGGUAUAUGUGGAGGCCUCGGGGCAGACCCAGAGCAUCUAUGCUGCUAUAAAGCAGGGCCUCCUGCCCACUGGGCUUGGACUGACUUUGCUUGAGGCCCAGGCAGCCACUGGGGGCCUCGUGGACCUUGCCCAGGGCCAGCUUCUUCCUGUGUCUGAGGCCCUAAGGCGGGGUCUAGUGGGAUUGGAGCUUAAGGAGAAAUUACUGGCUGCUGAACGUGCAGUUACUGGCUAUCCCGACCCCUAUGGGGGUGAAAAGCUGUCCCUCUUCCAGGCCAUCAAGAAAGAAGUUGUAGACAGGACCCUGGGGUGGAGAUUGCUAGAGGCCCAGCUAGCUACUGGGGGCCUGGUGGACCCAACCCAGGGUGUGCAAGUAGCCCCAGAGCUAGCCUGCCAGCAGGGCCUUUUGGAUAAGGAGACAUGGCUCAGCCUGGUGGAGUCAGAGCCCAGUAUGGGUACCCCUGGUUUUUCUGACCCCAACACGCUGGAGCAGCUGCCAUACUCUGUGCUGUUGGGUAGGUGUGUGCAAGACCCCAGCUCAGGGCUGCCCCUAUUGCCCUUAAAGACCACUUUCCACACCCUGGCUGGAGCAGCCAGUGCGUCAAUGCUGCUGGAGGCGGGAGUACUAAAUGAAGAGAUGGUCCGAGACCUGCAGGAGGGCAUGCUGGUGGUGUCAGACGUGGGCACACGUCCCGAGGUGCGACGUUAUCUGGAAGGCACUGGAGGGUUAGCGGGGGUUGUCCUGUUGCCUGGAGGUCACAAGAAGAGCUUUUUCCAGGCUACAGUUGAACACUUGGUCUCAAAGGGUAUUGCACUACAACUCUUAGAGGCUCAGGCUGCCACCCGCACCCUUGUGCACCCAACCACAGGCCAGCGUCUUUGGGUGGAAGAGGCAGUCAAGGCUGGCCUGGUUGGCCCAGAACUUCAUGAGCAGCUCCUGGUUGCAGAACAGGCAGUAACUGGGUAUUAUGACCCCUUUAGCAGCUCCCGAAUCCCCGUUUUCCAGGCUAUGAAGAAGGGACUUGUGGACCAGCCACUGGCUCUGCGUCUCCUAGAUGCCCAGCUAGCUACAGGUGGGCUUAUAUGCCCAGCUCGCAGAUUCCGGCUGCCCCUGGAGGCUGCCCUGCGCUUUGGCUGUCUGGACGAAGAGACUCGGCAACGUCUCUCUCAGGCAAUGGGCUUUUCAGAUCCUACCACACACGAUCGUCUUGGCUAUGAACAGCUGCUGGCCCUCUCUGUUACUGACCCAGAGACAGGGCUUGCCUUCCUGCCUCUCCCUGGAAUGUCCCACGCAAAUGAGCCCCAGGGACCCACAUUUAUUGAUCACUGUACUCGACAGGCCUUGAGCAAGGCUACAACCUCCAUCUCUGUAGGGAGGUACCAGGGCAGGCCUGUCUCCCUCUGGGAACUGCUCUUUUCUGAGUCAGUGCCCGUUAAGAAGAGGGCAAUGCUUGCCCAGCGGCACCAGGAAGGGGCUCUGUCCGUGGAGGAGCUGGCAGCUGAGCUGAAGAACAUUGUUGAGCAGGCUGCCGCAACUGCCAAAGUCACCUUUGCUGGGUUGAGGGACACCGUGACACCAGGAGAGUUGUUGAAAGCUGAGAUAAUCAAUCAGGACCUGUUUGAGCAGUUGGAACGUGGACAGACCUCAGCCCAAGAUGUGGGCAGCCUGGACUCCGUGCAGAGGUACCUGCAGGGCACAGGCAGUAUUGCAGGCCUUUUGCUUCCUGACUCCCAGGAACGACUCAGUAUCUAUGAGGCCCGUAGCAAGGGGCUCCUCAGGCCUGGUACUGCCCUGAUCUUGCUUGAGGCCCAGGCUGCCACAGGCUUUAUCAUUGACCCAAAAGAGAACAAGAGAUACUCUGUGGAGGAGGCACUGAGGGCUGGUGUCAUUGGGCCCGAUGUAUAUGCCAAGUUGCUCUCUGCAGAACAUGCCGUGACUGGCUACACGGACCCCUACUCUGGGGAGCAGAUCUCCCUCUUCCAGGCCAUGCAGAGGGACCUCAUUGUGAGAGACCACGGCAUUCGCCUGCUGGAGGCCCAGAUCGCCACAGGUGGUGUCAUUGACCCCGUGCACAGCCACCGUGUGCCCGUGGACGUGGCCUACCAACGUGGCUACUUUGAUCAGAUUCUGAACUCUAUCCUGCUGGACCCUUCUGAUGACACCAAGGGCUUCUUUGACCCCAACACGCAUGAAAAUCUCACUUACCUGCAGCUCCUGGAGCGCUGUGUACAUGACUCCGAGACAGGCCUGCACCUCCUGCCCCUCAGUAGUACACGACCCCAGCUGGUGGAUAGCUCCACUCGGCAGGCCUUCCAGAAGCUACUGCUCUCCGUGAAAUAUGGACGGUUCCGGGGGCAGAGAGUUUCUGCGUGGGAGCUGGUUAACUCUGAAUAUUUCACAGAGGACCGGAGGAGGCAGCUCCUGCAACGUUAUCGGCAGCGCAAGAUCACACUGGAGCAGGUCACUCAGCUGCUGGAGAAAGAGAUGAGGAGGUGGACAGACAUCACACUGCCUGCCCUACAGGGCCAGGUCACUGCCUACCAGCUUCUAGAGGCCCACAUCAUCAACCAGGAGCUCCUGGACCAGGUGCUGACAGGGACGAUCAGCCCAGAUGCCCUCCUUCAGGUGGGUGAUGUUCACAGGUACCUUCGGGGCUCAGGCACUGUGGGUGGUGUGCUGCUAAAGCCCUCCAACCAGCGAAUCAGUCUCUACCAGGCCAUGAAGCAGAAGCUGCUGCCACCUAGUACAGCUUUGGCCUUGCUGGAGGCCCAGGCAGCCACUGGAACUAUCACUGACCCCUGCAGUAUGGAGACCCUGUCAGUAGAUGAGGCCGUGUGCCGGGGAGUUGUGGGAGCAGAAGUAUAUGGCAAGUUGAAGCGAGCAGAACAUUCUAUCACUGGCUACAGAGACCCCUUUUCUGGAAAAAAGGUGUCCCUGUUCAGGGCCAUGAAGAAGGGCCUCGUCCCCGUGGAGCAGGCGACCCGCCUACUAGAGGCACAGGUGUCCACAGGAGGGGUCGUUGAUCCCACAACCCACCUCCACCUCCCCAUGCCUGUGGCAGUCCAGCGUGGCUGCAUUGAUCGAGAGAUGGAGGCGGCCUUGUCCAGAUCUCCUGAGACCUUUCCCACACCCGAUGGCCGGGGGCACACCAGCUAUGCCCAGCUUCUGGAACACUGUCUCCAGGACAAAGCCUCUGGGCUUCACCUCCUGCCCCUGACAGAAGAUGCCCCCAACGUCCCCACUGACACACAGAUCCAGGAGACCCUGCAAGCAUCAGCUGGCACUGAAGACGGUUUGUCGCUCUGGGACUUGCUCACCUCUUGCCACUUUACCGAGGAACAGCGCCGCGGCUACCUCGAGGAUGUGAAGGUUGGGAAGAUUUCUGUGCCACAGCUACAGAACACUGUGCGCAGCUGGGUGCACUCAGCGAAACUCCUGGCCCGGGCCCGCAUCACUGUGCCAGGCCCACGGGGCGAGGUCCCUGCCACUUGGCUACGAGAUGCUGGUAUUAUCACCCAAGAGACGCUGGAAGCACUGGCACAGGGCAUGCAGUCUCCCGAUGAGGUAGCCAAACAGCCUACGGUGAAGGUCUGCCUCUGGGGUACGGGCUGUGUGGCCGGGGUGCUGCUCCAGCCCUCGGGGACCAAGUUGAGCAUUGCCCAGGCUGUAAGAGAUGGCCUCCUGCCCACAGGUCUGGGCCAGCAGCUGCUGGAGGCCCAGGUGGCAUCUGGCUUCCUCGUCAAUCCGCUAACCAACCAGAGAUUGUCAGUGGAGGGUGCAGUGAAGGCUGGCCUGGUGGGCAUGGAGCAGAGUGAACAUCUGAGGCAGGUUGAAAAGGCUGUGACAGGGUACUCAGACCCCUUUUCAGGAGGUUCCCUUUCUCUGUGGCAGGCCAUGGAGAAGGGGCUUGUAACCCAAAGUGAGGCCUUUCCUCUCCUGCAAGUCCAGCUGGCCACAGGGGGUGUUGUGGACCCCGUCCAUGGAGUGCACCUGCCCCAGGAAGUGGCCUACAAGCUUGGUCUCCUGGACGAGCAGACAAGCCGAGUGCUGACCGCCACUGGGAAGGAAAACAAACUCUUUUUUGACCCCAACUCCCGUGAGAAGGUGACAUACCAGCAGCUCAGGGAACUCUGUGUGCUGGAUGCCGACACUGGCUUGUGGCUGCUGCCCCUGCCCCAGGGCACUGUGCUUGAAGUGGAUGACCAUACUGCGGUGGCACUGAGGGCUAUGAAGGUGCCCAUCAACAUGGGGAGGUUCCAAGGGCACAGUGUGUCACUCUGGGACCUGCUACACUCUGAGUAUGUUGGGGCUGAGAAGCGGAGGGAGCUGGUGGCACUUUGUUGUUCCGGGAGGGCUGCCGCUCUGCGACAGGUCAUCGGUAUGCUCACCACCCUGGUGGAAGCUGCAGAGAAGCAGCCCUCGCAGGCCACCUUCAAAGGGCUCCGGAAGCAGGUUUCAGCUGGGGACUUGUUUAGGUCCCAGCUGAUCACCAAGCAGACACUGGAUGAGCUCAAUCAGGGGAAGAGGACGGUCCAGGAAGUGACAGAGAUGGAUAGUGUGAGGAGGUCCCUGGAAGGAGGCAACUUCAUUGCUGGGGUCCUUAUUCAGGAUACAAAAGAGAAGAUGAGUAUCCCAGAGGCCUUGAGAAGGCACAUUCUGAGGCCAGGCACAGCCCUGGUGCUGCUGGAGGCACAGGCAGCCACUGGUUUCAUCAUUGACCCCGUGGAAAACCGGAAGCUAACUGUAGAGCAAGCGUUCCAGGCAGGGAUGUUUGGGAAGGAAACCUACAUGAAGCUGUUAUCAGCCGAGCGGGCUGUCACCGGCUAUACAGACCCUUACACGGGAGAACAGAUCUCCCUCUUUCAGGCCAUGCAGAGGGACCUUAUUGUCAGGGACCAUGGCAUCCGUCUACUGGAGGCCCAGAUCGCCACAGGUGGUAUCAUUGACCCUGUGCACAGCCACCGUGUGCCUGUGGACGUGGCCUACCAACGUGGCUACUUCAAUGAGGAGAUGAACCGCAUCUUGUCUGACCCAAGCGAUGACACCAAGGGCUUCUUUGACCCCAACACCCAUGAGAACCUCACUUACCUGCAGCUGCUAGAGCGCUGUGUGGAGGACCCUGAGACUGGCCUGUAUAUGUUGGAAAUUGUAAAGAAAGGAGAAACCUACACAUACAUUGAUGAAGCCACAAGGCAAGCUCUGACAUCCAGAACUGUGAAAAUGUAUGUAGGGAAGUUUGCAGGCCAGACGGUGUCUGUGUGGGACCUGUUAUCUUCCCAGUAUUUUACCGAAGGAAGGAGGAGAAAGCUUUUGCGGGAGUACAGAGCCCAGAACAUAGGCCUGGAGAAUCUGCUGGAGGUGAUUACCUCGACCGUGGAAGAAACAGAGAAGCAAAGUCAAAUAUUCAAGGUGCCGGGUAUCCAUGGCGACGUGACAGCUGCAGAACUGUUCAACUCCGGGAUCCUUAACAAGAAGACCCUGGAUGCACUCCGCAGUGGGGAUAGAGGGUUCCAGGACCUCCGCUGGCUGGAGGAUGUACGUGUCUACCUGGAGGGCAGCAAUUACAUCGCUGGAGUGAUAGCACCCCUAACCCAGAAGGUCAUGAGCUUCUACGAGGCCAGCAGGGAAGAGCUCAUCCCCGCAGGGUUUGCAGCUCAGAUGCUGGAGGCACAGGCUGCCACUGGGUACCUAAUGGACCCUUGCACCAACCAGAGGCUGUGUGUGGAUGAGGCCAUAGCAGCUGGGCUGGUGGGUGAAGACCUGAGAGAGAGACUUGUGAAUGCAGAGAUGGCAGCAAAGGGCUACAAAGACCCAGCCACAGGGGAGACUAUCCCACUCUACCAGGCCAUGGAGAGGAAGUUAGUCGGAAGGGAGGAGGCACUGAGGUUGCUGGAGGUGCAGGUGGCCACGGGUGGGGUCAUUGACCCUCGGCACCACCAUCGGGUCCCUCUGGAUACAGCCUGCCAGCGGGGCUGUAUGUGUGACGACAGCCUUGUUCUCAUUGCUGACCAAAAGCACAUGAGGAAAAGGUUUGUGGAUCCCAACACACAAGAAAAGGUCACAUACCAGGAGCUGCAGGACCGGUGCCAGCGGGAAGAGAAGUCAGGCUGGGCUCUGUUCCCAGUGGUCAAGGACAAAAAGGACAUAGAAUAUGUUGAUGAGGCCACCAAAAGGGCCCUGGAGGCAGAACAGGUGGAAGUGACUGUGGGGAGGUACAGAGGCCAGAGGCGAUCUGUGUGGGAACUGCUGAACUCAGAGUAUGUGUCUGAAGAGAAGAAGAUGGAACUAGUUAGACUAUACAAAGAGGACACAACCCGGGCACUGCAGAAGGUGGUAGAGCUCAUCCUACAAAUGAUUGCAGACAAGGAAAGGAGAAGCAGGCAACUCUGGUUCCGAGGAUUAAGAACUCAGGUCACAGCUGAGGAACUGCUGAGGUCAGAGGUCAUCACAAAACAGACUCUGGAGGACCUGGAAGAAGGGAGAACCACAGUAGAUCAGAUUGAACGAAAGGAAGACGUGAAGAGAUACCUCAAGGGAACCAGCUGCAUAGCGGGGGUCCUGGUGCCCGUCCAGGGAGAGCCUGGGCGCCAGGAGAAGAUGAGCAUCUAUCAGGCCAUGUGGAAGGGAGUCCUGAGGCCAGGCACAGCCCUGGUGCUGCUGGAGGCUCAGGCAGCCACAGGCUUCAUCAUCGACCCAGUGAACAACCGCAGACUGUCUGUGGAGGAGGCCGUGGCUGCAGGCGUGGUGGGAGGCGAGAUCCAAGAGAAGCUGCUGUCUGCUGAGCGUGCGGUCACCGGGUACACGGACCCCUACACCGGGGACCAGAUCUCCCUCUUCCAGGCCAUGCAGAGGGACCUCAUUGUGAGAGACCAUGGCAUUCGUUUGUUGGAAGCCCAGAUUGCCACGGGUGGCGUCAUCGAUCCUGUGCACAGCCACCGUGUGCCCGUGGACGUGGCCUACCAGCGUGGCUACUUUGAUGAAGACAUGAACAGCAUUUUGGCGGACCCUGGUGACGACACCAAGGGCUUCUUUGACCCCAACACUCACGAGAACCUCACUUACCUACAGCUGCUGCGCCGCUGUGUGCGCGACCCAGAGACUGGCUUCUACAUGCUGCAGCUGGCUGGAAAGGGCUCCAGUGUGCACCACCUGAGCGAGGAGCUGAGACGGGCCCUGCGUGAAGCCCGUGUGACCCCAGGCACGGGCGACUUCCAGGGCCAGAGCAUCUCUGUCUGGGAGCUUCUCUUCUACCGAGAGGUGCCUGAGAGUCUGCGCCAGGACCUGCUGCGUUGCUACCAGGCAGGUGGGCUCACCGUUCAUGACGUGACCACCACACUCACCUCACUGCUGGCCCGAGCCAAGGAUGGGAGCCCACGUGGGGAUCCACAAGGAGCCCUGGGCAAGGCCACCAUGGAAGUAAAACGGGGUCAUCUCCGGGGCCACGAGGUCCCAGUGUGGGACAUUCUGACAUCCAACUAUGUGAGCAGGGACACCCGGAAGGAGCUGCUGGCCCAGUUCAGCUCUGGGUCGCUGACUCUGCCCAUGCUGAAGAGGAGACUGACCACCAUUAUUGAGGAGGCUGAGGAGACACAGGAGUCCAAGCCAAAGCCGAGAGACGCCUCUCUUAAGCAACAGGACACUGGGGCCAGAGGCUCAGGGACCUCCCCAGACGAGGGAGAUGCUCAGGACAGCUCCGAGAGUGCCAGGCAGCAACAGGAGCAGACUCUGCGUGCCACCACCAUGCAGGUACACCGUGGGCAGUUCCGGGACCAGCAAGUUUCUGUGUGGAAAGUCCUGUUCUCCUCCUACCUGAGUGAGACCCGCCGGGAGGAGCUCCUUGCCCAGCACUUGGCUGGCAAGCUGGGGGUAAUGGAACUCGUUUCCCUCCUCACCCAAAUCAUCGAGGAGACAGAAGAACGGCUCAGCAAGGUGUCUUUCCCCGGCCUGAGGCGACAGGUGUCCGCAUCUGAGUUGUGUACCUCUGGCAUCCUGGACCGGGACACCAUGCGAGAACUGGCACAGGGCACCAAGACCAUUCAUGAGGUGACAGAGAUGGACUCCGUCAAGCGCUACCUGGGGGGCUCCAGCUGCAUAGCGGGCGUCCUGGUGCCCGUCCAGGGAGAGCCUGGGCGCCAGGAGAAGAUGAGCAUCUAUCAGGCCAUGUGGAAGGGAGUCCUGAGGCCAGGCACAGCCCUGGUGCUGCUGGAGGCUCAGGCAGCCACAGGCUUCAUCAUCGACCCAGUGAACAACCGCAGACUGUCUGUGGAGGAGGCCGUGGCUGCAGGCGUGGUGGGAGGCGAGAUCCAAGAGAAGCUGCUGUCUGCUGAGCGUGCGGUCACCGGGUACACGGACCCCUACACCGGGGACCAGAUCUCCCUCUUCCAGGCCAUGCAGAGGGACCUCAUUGUGAGAGACCAUGGCAUUCGUUUGUUGGAAGCCCAGAUUGCCACGGGUGGCGUCAUCGACCCUGUGCACAGCCACCGUGUGCCCGUGGACGUGGCCUACCAGCGUGGCUACUUUGAUGAAGACAUGAACAGCAUUUUGGCGGACCCUGGUGACGACACCAAGGGCUUCUUUGACCCCAACACUCACGAGAACCUCACUUACCUACAGCUGCUGCGCCGCUGUGUGCGCGACCCAGAGACUGGCUUCUACAUGCUGCAGCUGGCUGGAAAGGGCUCCAGUGUGCACCACCUGAGCGAGGAGCUGAGACGGGCCCUGCGUGAAGCCCGUGUGACCCCAGGCACGGGCGACUUCCAGGGCCAGAGCAUCUCUGUCUGGGAGCUUCUCUUCUACCGAGAGGUGCCUGAGAGUCUGCGCCAGGACCUGCUGCGUCGCUACCAGGCAGGUGGGCUCACCGUUCAUGACGUGACCACCACACUCACCUCACUGCUGGCCCGAGCCAAGGAUGGGAGCCCACGUGAGGAUCCACAAGGAGCCCUGGGCAAGGCCACCAUGGAAGUAAAACGGGGUCAUCUCCGGGGCCACGAGGUCCCAGUGUGGGACAUUCUGACAUCCAACUAUGUGAGCAGGGACACCCGGAAGGAGCUGCUGGCCCAGUUCAGCUCUGGGUCGCUGACUCUGCCCAUGCUGAAGAGGAGACUGACCACCAUUAUUGAGGAGGCUGAGGAGACACAGGAGUCCAAGCCAAAGCCGAGAGACGCCUCUCUUAAGCAACAGGACACUGGGGCCAGAGGCUCAGGGACCUCCCCAGACGAGGGAGAUGCUCAGGACAGCUCCGAGAGUGCCAGGCAGCAACAGGAGCAGACUCUGCGUGCCACCACCAUGCAGGUACACCGUGGGCAGUUCCGGGACCAGCAAGUUUCUGUGUGGAAAGUCCUGUUCUCCUCCUACCUGAGUGAGACCCGCCGGGAGGAGCUCCUUGCCCAGCACUUGGCUGGCAAGCUGGGGGUAAUGGAACUCGUUUCCCUCCUCACCCAAAUCAUCGAGGAGACAGAAGAACGGCUCAGCAAGGUGUCUUUCCCCGGCCUGAGGCGACAGGUGUCCGCAUCUGAGUUGUGUACCUCUGGCAUCCUGGACCGGGACACCAUGCGAGAACUGGCACAGGGCACCAAGACCAUUCAUGAGGUGACAGAGAUGGACUCCGUCAAGCGCUACCUGGGCUCCAGCUGCAUAGCGGGCGUCCUGGUGCCCGUCCAGGGAGAGCCUGGGCGCCAGGAGAAGAUGAGCAUCUAUCAGGCCAUGUGGAAGGGAGUCCUGAGGCCAGGCACAGCCCUGGUGCUGCUGGAGGCUCAGGCAGCCACAGGCUUCAUCAUCGACCCAGUGAACAACCGCAGACUGUCUGUGGAGGAGGCCGUGGCUGCAGGCGUGGUGGGAGGCGAGAUCCAAGAGAAGCUGUUGUCUGCUGAGCGUGCGGUCACCGGGUACACGGACCCCUACACCGGGGACCAGAUCUCCCUCUUCCAGGCCAUGCAGAGGGACCUCAUUGUGAGAGACCAUGGCAUUCGUUUGUUGGAAGCCCAGAUUGCCACGGGUGGCGUCAUCGACCCUGUGCACAGCCACCGUGUGCCCGUGGACGUGGCCUACCAGCGUGGCUACUUUGAUGAAGACAUGAACAGCAUUUUGGCGGACCCUGGUGACGACACCAAGGGCUUCUUUGACCCCAACACUCACGAGAACCUCACUUACCUACAGCUGCUGCGCCGCUGUGUGCGCGACCCAGAGACUGGCUUCUACAUGCUGCAGCUGGCUGGAAAGGGCUCCAGUGUGCACCACCUGAGCGAGGAGCUGAGACGGGCCCUGCGUGAAGCCCGUGUGACCCCAGGCACGGGCGACUUCCAGGGCCAGAGCAUCUCUGUCUGGGAGCUUCUCUUCUACCGAGAGGUGCCUGAGAGUCUGCGCCAGGACCUGCUGCGUCGCUACCAGGCAGGUGGGCUCACCGUUCAUGACGUGACCACCACACUCACCUCACUGCUGGCCCGAGCCAAGGAUGGGAGCCCACGUGGGGAUCCACAAGGAGCCCUGGGCAAGGCCACCAUGGAAGUAAAACGGGGUCAUCUCCGGGGCCACGAGGUCCCAGUGUGGGACAUUCUGACAUCCAACUAUGUGAGCAGGGACACCCGGAAGGAGCUGCUGGCCCAGUUCAGCUCUGGGUCGCUGACUCUGCCCAUGCUGAAGAGGAGACUGACCACCAUUAUUGAGGAGGCUGAGGAGACACAGGAGUCCAAGCCAAAGCCGAGAGACGCCUCUCUUAAGCAACAGGACACUGGGGCCAGAGGCUCAGGGACCUCCCCAGACGAGGGAGAUGCUCAGGACAGCUCCGAGAGUGCCAGGCAGCAACAGGAGCAGACUCUGCGUGCCACCACCAUGCAGGUACACCGUGGGCAGUUCCGGGACCAGCAAGUUUCUGUGUGGAAAGUCCUGUUCUCCUCCUACCUGAGUGAGACCCGCCGGGAGGAGCUCCUUGCCCAGCACUUGGCUGGCAAGCUGGUAAUGGAACUCGUUUCCCUCCUCACCCAAAUCAUCGAGGAGACAGAAGAACGGCUCAGCAAGGUGUCUUUCCCCGGCCUGAGGCGACAGGUGUCCGCAUCUGAGUUGUGUACCUCUGGCAUCCUGGACCGGGACACCAUGCGAGAACUGGCACAGGGCACCAAGACCAUUCAUGAGGUGACAGAGAUGGACUCCGUCAAGCGCUACCUGGGGGGCUCCAGCUGCAUAGCGGGCGUCCUGGUGCCCGUCCAGGGAGAGCCUGGGCGCCAGGAGAAGAUGAGCAUCUAUCAGGCCAUGUGGAAGGGAGUCCUGAGGCCAGGCACAGCCCUGGUGCUGCUGGAGGCUCAGGCAGCCACAGGCUUCAUCAUCGACCCAGUGAACAACCGCAGACUGUCUGUGGAGGAGGCCGUGGCUGCAGGCGUGGUGGGAGGCGAGAUCCAAGAGAAGCUGCUGUCUGCUGAGCGUGCGGUCACCGGGUACACGGACCCCUACACCGGGGACCAGAUCUCCCUCUUCCAGGCCAUGCAGAGGGACCUCAUUGUGAGAGACCAUGGCAUUCGUUUGUUGGAAGCCCAGAUUGCCACGGGUGGCGUCAUCGACCCUGUGCACAGCCACCGUGUGCCCGUGGACGUGGCCUACCAGCGUGGCUACUUUGAUGAAGACAUGAACAGCAUUUUGGCGGACCCUGGUGACGACACCAAGGGCUUCUUUGACCCCAACACUCACGAGAACCUCACUUACCUACAGCUGCUGCGCCGCUGUGUGCGCGACCCAGAGACUGGCUUCUACAUGCUGCAGCUGGCUGGAAAGGGCUCCAGUGUGCACCACCUGAGCGAGGAGCUGAGACGGGCCCUGCGUGAAGCCCGUGUGACCCCAGGCACGGGCGACUUCCAGGGCCAGAGCAUCUCUGUCUGGGAGCUUCUCUUCUACCGAGAGGUGCCUGAGAGUCUGCGCCAGGACCUGCUGCGUCGCUACCAGGCAGGUGGGCUCACCGUUCAUGACGUGACCACCACACUCACCUCACUGCUGGCCCGAGCCAAGGAUGGGAGCCCACGUGAGGAUCCACAAGGAGCCCUGGGCAAGGCCACCAUGGAAGUAAAACGGGGUCAUCUCCGGGGCCACGAGGUCCCAGUGUGGGACAUUCUGACAUCCAACUAUGUGAGCAGGGACACCCGGAAGGAGCUGCUGGCCCAGUUCAGCUCUGGGUCGCUGACUCUGCCCAUGCUGAAGAGGAGACUGACCACCAUUAUUGAGGAGGCUGAGGAGACACAGGAGUCCAAGCCAAAGCCGAGAGACGCCUCUCUUAAGCAACAGGACACUGGGGCCAGAGGCUCAGGGACCUCCCCAGACGAGGGAGAUGCUCAGGACAGCUCCGAGAGUGCCAGGCAGCAACAGGAGCAGACUCUGCGUGCCACCACCAUGCAGGUACACCGUGGGCAGUUCCGGGACCAGCAAGUUUCUGUGUGGAAAGUCCUGUUCUCCUCCUACCUGAGUGAGACCCGCCGGGAGGAGCUCCUUGCCCAGCACUUGGCUGGCAAGCUGGGGGUAAUGGAACUCGUUUCCCUCCUCACCCAAAUCAUCGAGGAGACAGAAGAACGGCUCAGCAAGGUGUCUUUCCCCGGCCUGAGGCGACAGGUGUCCGCAUCUGAGUUGUGUACCUCUGGCAUCCUGGACCGGGACACCAUGCGAGAACUGGCACAGGGCACCAAGACCAUUCAUGAGGUGACAGAGAUGGACUCCGUCAAGCGCUACCUGGGGGGCUCCAGCUGCAUAGCGGGCGUCCUGGUGCCCGUCCAGGGAGAGCCUGGGCGCCAGGAGAAGAUGAGCAUCUAUCAGGCCAUGUGGAAGGGAGUCCUGAGGCCAGGCACAGCCCUGGUGCUGCUGGAGGCUCAGGCAGCCACAGGCUUCAUCAUCGACCCAGUGAACAACCGCAGACUGUCUGUGGAGGAGGCCGUGGCUGCAGGCGUGGUGGGAGGCGAGAUCCAAGAGAAGCUGCUGUCUGCUGAGCGUGCGGUCACCGGGUACACGGACCCCUACACCGGGGACCAGAUCUCCCUCUUCCAGGCCAUGCAGAGGGACCUCAUUGUGAGAGACCAUGGCAUUCGUUUGUUGGAAGCCCAGAUUGCCACGGGUGGCGUCAUCGACCCUGUGCACAGCCACCGUGUGCCCGUGGACGUGGCCUACCAGCGUGGCUACUUUGAUGAAGACAUGAACAGCAUUUUGGCGGACCCUGGUGACGACACCAAGGGCUUCUUUGACCCCAACACUCACGAGAACCUCACUUACCUACAGCUGCUGCGCCGCUGUGUGCGCGACCCAGAGACUGGCUUCUACAUGCUGCAGCUGGCUGGAAAGGGCUCCAGUGUGCACCACCUGAGCGAGGAGCUGAGACGGGCCCUGCGUGAAGCCCGUGUGACCCCAGGCACGGGCGACUUCCAGGGCCAGAGCAUCUCUGUCUGGGAGCUUCUCUUCUACCGAGAGGUGCCUGAGAGUCUGCGCCAGGACCUGCUGCGUCGCUACCAGGCAGGUGGGCUCACCGUUCAUGACGUGACCACCACACUCACCUCACUGCUGGCCCGAGCCAAGGAUGGGAGCCCACGUGAGGAUCCACAAGGAGCCCUGGGCAAGGCCACCAUGGAAGUAAAACGGGGUCAUCUCCGGGGCCACGAGGUCCCAGUGUGGGACAUUCUGACAUCCAACUAUGUGAGCAGGGACACCCGGAAGGAGCUGCUGGCCCAGUUCAGCUCUGGGUCGCUGACUCUGCCCAUGCUGAAGAGGAGACUGACCACCAUUAUUGAGGAGGCUGAGGAGACACAGGAGUCCAAGCCAAAGCCGAGAGACGCCUCUCUUAAGCAACAGGACACUGGGGCCAGAGGCUCAGGGACCUCCCCAGACGAGGGAGAUGCUCAGGACAGCUCCGAGAGUGCCAGGCAGCAACAGGAGCAGACUCUGCGUGCCACCACCAUGCAGGUACACCGUGGGCAGUUCCGGGACCAGCAAGUUUCUGUGUGGAAAGUCCUGUUCUCCUCCUACCUGAGUGAGACCCGCCGGGAGGAGCUCCUUGCCCAGCACUUGGCUGGCAAGCUGGGGGUAAUGGAACUCGUUUCCCUCCUCACCCAAAUCAUCGAGGAGACAGAAGAACGGCUCAGCAAGGUGUCUUUCCCCGGCCUGAGGCGACAGGUGUCCGCAUCUGAGUUGUGUACCUCUGGCAUCCUGGACCGGGACACCAUGCGAGAACUGGCACAGGGCACCAAGACCAUUCAUGAGGUGACAGAGAUGGACUCCGUCAAGCGCUACCUGGGGGGCUCCAGCUGCAUAGCGGGCGUCCUGGUGCCCGUCCAGGGAGAGCCUGGGCGCCAGGAGAAGAUGAGCAUCUAUCAGGCCAUGUGGAAGGGAGUCCUGAGGCCAGGCACAGCCCUGGUGCUGCUGGAGGCUCAGGCAGCCACAGGCUUCAUCAUCGACCCAGUGAACAACCGCAGACUGUCUGUGGAGGAGGCCGUGGCUGCAGGCGUGGUGGGAGGCGAGAUCCAAGAGAAGCUGCUGUCUGCUGAGCGUGCGGUCACCGGGUACACGGACCCCUACACCGGGGACCAGAUCUCCCUCUUCCAGGCCAUGCAGAGGGACCUCAUUGUGAGAGACCAUGGCAUUCGUUUGUUGGAAGCCCAGAUUGCCACGGGUGGCGUCAUCGACCCUGUGCACAGCCACCGUGUGCCCGUGGACGUGGCCUACCAGCGUGGCUACUUUGAUGAAGACAUGAACAGCAUUUUGGCGGACCCUGGUGACGACACCAAGGGCUUCUUUGACCCCAACACUCACGAGAACCUCACUUACCUACAGCUGCUGCGCCGCUGUGUGCGCGACCCAGAGACUGGCUUCUACAUGCUGCAGCUGGCUGGAAAGGGCUCCAGUGUGCACCACCUGAGCGAGGAGCUGAGACGGGCCCUGCGUGAAGCCCGUGUGACCCCAGGCACGGGCGACUUCCAGGGCCAGAGCAUCUCUGUCUGGGAGCUUCUCUUCUACCGAGAGGUGCCUGAGAGUCUGCGCCAGGACCUGCUGCGUCGCUACCAGGCAGGUGGGCUCACCGUUCAUGACGUGACCACCACACUCACCUCACUGCUGGCCCGAGCCAAGGAUGGGAGCCCACGUGGGGAUCCACAAGGAGCCCUGGGCAAGGCCACCAUGGAAGUAAAACGGGGUCAUCUCCGGGGCCACGUGGUCCCAGUGUGGGACAUUCUGACAUCCAACUAUGUGAGCAGGGACACCCGGAAGGAGCUGCUGGCCCAGUUCAGCUCUGGGUCGCUGACUCUGCCCAUGCUGAAGAGGAGACUGACCACCAUUAUUGAGGAGGCUGAGGAGACACAGGAGUCCAAGCCAAAGCCGAGAGACGCCUCUCUUAAGCAACAGGACACUGGGGCCAGAGGCUCAGGGACCUCCCCAGACGAGGGAGAUGCUCAGGACAGCUCCGAGAGUGCCAGGCAGCAACAGGAGCAGACUCUGCGUGCCACCACCAUGCAGGUACACCGUGGGCAGUUCCGGGACCAGCAAGUUUCUGUGUGGAAAGUCCUGUUCUCCUCCUACCUGAGUGAGACCCGCCGGGAGGAGCUCCUUGCCCAGCACUUGGCUGGCAAGCUGGGGGUAAUGGAACUCGUUUCCCUCCUCACCCAAAUCAUCGAGGAGACAGAAGAACGGCUCAGCAAGGUGUCUUUCCCCGGCCUGAGGCGACAGGUGUCCGCAUCUGAGUUGUGUACCUCUGGCAUCCUGGACCGGGACACCAUGCGAGAACUGGCACAGGGCACCAAGACCAUUCAUGAGGUGACAGAGAUGGACUCCGUCAAGCGCUACCUGGGGGGCUCCAGCUGCAUAGCGGGCGUCCUGGUGCCCGUCCAGGGAGAGCCUGGGCGCCAGGAGAAGAUGAGCAUCUAUCAGGCCAUGUGGAAGGGAGUCCUGAGGCCAGGCACAGCCCUGGUGCUGCUGGAGGCUCAGGCAGCCACAGGCUUCAUCAUCGACCCAGUGAACAACCGCAGACUGUCUGUGGAGGAGGCCGUGGCUGCAGGCGUGGUGGGAGGCGAGAUCCAAGAGAAGCUGCUGUCUGCUGAGCGUGCGGUCACCGGGUACACGGACCCCUACACCGGGGACCAGAUCUCCCUCUUCCAGGCCAUGCAGAGGGACCUCAUUGUGAGAGACCAUGGCAUUCGUUUGUUGGAAGCCCAGAUUGCCACGGGUGGCGUCAUCGACCCUGUGCACAGCCACCGUGUGCCCGUGGACGUGGCCUACCAGCGUGGCUACUUUGAUGAAGACAUGAACAGCAUUUUGGCGGACCCUGGUGACGACACCAAGGGCUUCUUUGACCCCAACACUCACGAGAACCUCACUUACCUACAGCUGCUGCGCCGCUGUGUGCGCGACCCAGAGACUGGCUUCUACAUGCUGCAGCUGGCUGGAAAGGGCUCCAGUGUGCACCACCUGAGCGAGGAGCUGAGACGGGCCCUGCGUGAAGCCCGUGUGACCCCAGGCACGGGCGACUUCCAGGGCCAGAGCAUCUCUGUCUGGGAGCUUCUCUUCUACCGAGAGGUGCCUGAGAGUCUGCGCCAGGACCUGCUGCGUCGCUACCAGGCAGGUGGGCUCACCGUUCAUGACGUGACCACCACACUCACCUCACUGCUGGCCCGAGCCAAGGAUGGGAGCCCACGUGAGGAUCCACAAGGAGCCCUGGGCAAGGCCACCAUGGAAGUAAAACGGGGUCAUCUCCGGGGCCACGAGGUCCCAGUGUGGGACAUUCUGACAUCCAACUAUGUGAGCAGGGACACCCGGAAGGAGCUGCUGGCCCAGUUCAGCUCUGGGUCGCUGACUCUGCCCAUGCUGAAGAGGAGACUGACCACCAUUAUUGAGGAGGCUGAGGAGACACAGGAGUCCAAGCCAAAGCCGAGAGACGCCUCUCUUAAGCAACAGGACACUGGGGCCAGAGGCUCAGGGACCUCCCCAGACGAGGGAGAUGCUCAGGACAGCUCCGAGAGUGCCAGGCAGCAACAGGAGCAGACUCUGCGUGCCACCACCAUGCAGGUACACCGUGGGCAGUUCCGGGACCAGCAAGUUUCUGUGUGGAAAGUCCUGUUCUCCUCCUACCUGAGUGAGACCCGCCGGGAGGAGCUCCUUGCCCAGCACUUGGCUGGCAAGCUGGGGGUAAUGGAACUCGUUUCCCUCCUCACCCAAAUCAUCGAGGAGACAGAAGAACGGCUCAGCAAGGUGUCUUUCCCCGGCCUGAGGCGACAGGUGUCCGCAUCUGAGUUGUGUACCUCUGGCAUCCUGGACCGGGACACCAUGCGAGAACUGGCACAGGGCACCAAGACCAUUCAUGAGGUGACAGAGAUGGACUCCGUCAAGCGCUACCUGGGGGGCUCCAGCUGCAUAGCGGGCGUCCUGGUGCCCGUCCAGGGAGAGCCUGGGCGCCAGGAGAAGAUGAGCAUCUAUCAGGCCAUGUGGAAGGGAGUCCUGAGGCCAGGCACAGCCCUGGUGCUGCUGGAGGCUCAGGCAGCCACAGGCUUCAUCAUCGACCCAGUGAACAACCGCAGACUGUCUGUGGAGGAGGCCGUGGCUGCAGGCGUGGUGGGAGGCGAGAUCCAAGAGAAGCUGCUGUCUGCUGAGCGUGCGGUCACCGGGUACACGGACCCCUACACCGGGGACCAGAUCUCCCUCUUCCAGGCCAUGCAGAGGGACCUCAUUGUGAGAGACCAUGGCAUUCGUUUGUUGGAAGCCCAGAUUGCCACGGGUGGCGUCAUCGACCCUGUGCACAGCCACCGUGUGCCCGUGGACGUGGCCUACCAGCGUGGCUACUUUGAUGAAGACAUGAACAGCAUUUUGGCGGACCCUGGUGACGACACCAAGGGCUUCUUUGACCCCAACACUCACGAGAACCUCACUUACCUACAGCUGCUGCGCCGCUGUGUGCGCGACCCAGAGACUGGCUUCUACAUGCUGCAGCUGGCUGGAAAGGGCUCCAGUGUGCACCACCUGAGCGAGGAGCUGAGACGGGCCCUGCGUGAAGCCCGUGUGACCCCAGGCACGGGCGACUUCCAGGGCCAGAGCAUCUCUGUCUGGGAGCUUCUCUUCUACCGAGAGGUGCCUGAGAGUCUGCGCCAGGACCUGCUGCGUCGCUACCAGGCAGGUGGGCUCACCGUUCAUGACGUGACCACCACACUCACCUCACUGCUGGCCCGAGCCAAGGAUGGGAGCCCACGUGAGGAUCCACAAGGAGCCCUGGGCAAGGCCACCAUGGAAGUAAAACGGGGUCAUCUCCGGGGCCACGUGGUCCCAGUGUGGGACAUUCUGACAUCCAACUAUGUGAGCAGGGACACCCGGAAGGAGCUGCUGGCCCAGUUCAGCUCUGGGUCGCUGACUCUGCCCAUGCUGAAGAGGAGACUGACCACCAUUAUUGAGGAGGCUGAGGAGACACAGGAGUCCAAGCCAAAGCCGAGAGACGCCUCUCUUAAGCAACAGGACACUGGGGCCAGAGGCUCAGGGACCUCCCCAGACGAGGGAGAUGCUCAGGACAGCUCCGAGAGUGCCAGGCAGCAACAGGAGCAGACUCUGCGUGCCACCACCAUGCAGGUACACCGUGGGCAGUUCCGGGACCAGCAAGUUUCUGUGUGGAAAGUCCUGUUCUCCUCCUACCUGAGUGAGACCCGCCGGGAGGAGCUCCUUGCCCAGCACUUGGCUGGCAAGCUGGGGGUAAUGGAACUCGUUUCCCUCCUCACCCAAAUCAUCGAGGAGACAGAAGAACGGCUCAGCAAGGUGUCUUUCCCCGGCCUGAGGCGACAGGUGUCCGCAUCUGAGUUGUGUACCUCUGGCAUCCUGGACCGGGACACCAUGCGAGAACUGGCACAGGGCACCAAGACCAUUCAUGAGGUGACAGAGAUGGACUCCGUCAAGCGCUACCUGGGGGGCUCCAGCUGCAUAGCGGGCGUCCUGGUGCCCGUCCAGGGAGAGCCUGGGCGCCAGGAGAAGAUGAGCAUCUAUCAGGCCAUGUGGAAGGGAGUCCUGAGGCCAGGCACAGCCCUGGUGCUGCUGGAGGCUCAGGCAGCCACAGGCUUCAUCAUCGACCCAGUGAACAACCGCAGACUGUCUGUGGAGGAGGCCGUGGCUGCAGGCGUGGUGGGAGGCGAGAUCCAAGAGAAGCUGCUGUCUGCUGAGCGUGCGGUCACCGGGUACACGGACCCCUACACCGGGGACCAGAUCUCCCUCUUCCAGGCCAUGCAGAGGGACCUCAUUGUUAAGAACCAUGGUAUUCGACUGCUGGAAGCCCAGAUUGCCACAGGUGGCGUCAUCGAUCCUGUGCACAGCCACCGUGUGCCCGUGGACGUGGCCUACCAGCGUGGCUACUUUGAUCAAGAGAUGAACAGCAUUUUGGCAGACCCUGGUGACGACACCAAGGGCUUCUUUGAUCCCAACACUCAUGAGAACCUCACUUACCUACAGCUUCUGCAGAGAGCUACAAUUGACCCUGAGACGGGAUUAUUGUUUCUCUCCCUCUCUAAGGGCUGAUUUUCUUUUUGUAAGGUUCUGAGACUUUAUGGAAGGUACCUCUGCAUUCUCAUAAACCCUGACUCUGAUCCUUAAAUUCCCUCUCUCCUUUCAGCUCCUGUUUUUCAGGGUAGGUUAUGUUCUUUUCCCUUUCCCUGCCUGCUUCUGAUUGGUAAUUUUGUGUCCUGUACCUGUUCUCCCGCUUUUCUCCUUGUUUUUUUUUUUUUUUCCUCCUCUAAAAUUUUCUUAUGUUGAUUCUUAUGACUGUUUUCUGUUCUUGCAACAUGAGGUCAGAGGGAGCCUUUUGUUUUUGUUUUGUUGGUUUUUUUUUGUUUUUUGUUUUUUUUGUUUUUUGUUUUUUGUUUUUUCUGAGACAGGGUUUCUCUGCUACAGCUUUGAUUGUCCUGGUACUCACUCUGUUGAACAGUCUGGUGUCAUUCUCAGAGAUUCAUCUGCUUCCUCCUCUGGAGGACUGGGAUUAAGGGCAUGUGCCAUCGCUGCUCAGCCAAGGAAGUGGUCUUUGAAUUGAGCACAGCAAUCCUUCACCUUGUAGUGUACACCAGUCUCAGAGUGAAUGGCAAUCUUUUCUAUUGGUUUCCCAAGCACUGGGAUUGCAAGCAUAAAGCACCAUGCUUGGCCAAGAUCUUCAAAGAUUUUCAAUUCAUGGCCACUUUGUACAUGGUGUGUCUUGAUUUGCCCUCUGUGUUAGGAAUAAUGUCGCUCAUCUUUUCUCCAUGUACCUCUGAGACAUCCCACAGGUCGGUGUAUUACAACUCAGGGUAUUACAACUUUUCGUGUCUUCAUGUCUUUUGAUAAUAAAUGAAUUUUCCGCUCUU